AUGCGUUUAACUGUUAUCUUGAUUCUUUUAAUGUUGUUUACUAAAUGUGCCGUGGGCUACAGUCCUACCGGAAGAACAGAUACGGAAGCCUUAAUAAUAUUAAAUAGGAUAUAUUUUUAUGGUGGAUGGAAUUUAUCUAUAUUGGAUGAUAUUUUUUAUAUUGAUCUGUCCAAACAAUUUCAAGCCACCAAUCCACCAUUUACAUUACAAACUAACCUUAAACAGAGAGGAGGAUAUAAAGCAGUUAUUUAUGAAAACAUGAUAGUUGCUUUUGGCGGUUAUGACCAGACAGGAAACACAAAUAAUCUCCUAAUUAUUGAUGAAGCAUCAUCUAAUCCGUAUGUUACCAUUUUAAAUGCAAGUGGUACGAACGUUACGAACGCUAAUUCAUGGCCAUCUCCAAGAAAAUGGAUGACUGCUGUAAUUGAUUCUAACAGUACGAAAAUGUAUGUUUGGGGUGGUACCUCAAGUGUAGCCCCUAAUUACCUGAAUACUGAUGGAACAAUGUACAUACUUGAUCUUAAAAGCUAUUUUUGGGUUGUCAAUAAUUUGCCUACCCAACCUAUGGGCCGUCAAUUACACACAGCGACAAUGGUGCCUGACGGACGGAUAGUCAUGAUUGGUGGCAUCUUUAAUCCUAAUAUAUCACAACUUGAUAUUUAUGAUACAAUAGCUGGUCAAUGGUCGCAGAAAACAACAUUAAACGGGUCGACUUCUGGUCGGUGGUCUCAUACAGCAACUCUCGCAACCGAUGGCAAAAGUAUAAUAAUAUUCGGUGGUGUAUCUAAUAAUACUAAUAAUAUAGAUGGUAUUACCAUCUUGAAUCUCACAAAUUAUGUUUGGACGUCUGUUUAUCCUUCUGGCAAUCCACCAGUUCAAUAUCCGAGUUCACACACUGCUGUUCUUUAUAAUGAUUAUAUAUUUUUUUCGUUUGGCAUAGCUGGUUCAAAUUUUAUUACCACAGUAAGCAUCCUUAACAUCUCUAACAAUCAAUACAAAUGGGUUGACUCAUACAUUCCACGUGGACAAUCUUGUAUAAUUGAAGGUGGAGAUAUAGUGGGGCCAAAAAUUAGAGCAGCAAUUUACACACAAUGUUUAUUAAUGGCUUUCAAAUUGUGGAUAAAAAAGAAAUCUGUAAUUAUCACGGCAGUUCCUUUCGGAUUAGUAAUAUCUUCAGUAUUAAUCAUAGAGGCUAUACUUCAACAUAUUAAUAACGACUUACAUUAUGUCUUUCAAAUAGAAGUCGCCAAAUUCUAUAUCAUGAUAUUCAUUUUACCAGGAUUAAUAGGAGAAAUAGCAUCAUCGGAAAUAUUUCUACAAAGAAAUCCUGUAGGUGAAAUUUCAGGAGGUUGGAAUUUUAAAGAAAUAAUAAUAGUAAUAAUGAGUGGAGGUGAUGCACUUACUACACUACUUUCUUUAUUGGGAUACAUUUGUCUUUGUAAUGAUCUGAAUUAUCCAUACUUGCGUUAG